GUUAUUCAACACGGCUAUGUGCGCGUCUGCAAGCUACCGACAGUGGCUCCUGCCCAUUUGCCAGCUAGUAGUGAUGGCUCAGAAAUCCUUGCAGCCGGAUGUCUUCAGUGUCAGCGCUGCGAUCGAUGCUCAGGAAUCUAGCCAGGCGUGGGCCCGAUCCGUCCAGCUUUUGUGUUCUCUGCGCGCCUGGGGAUUGCAAGGCGAUGCGGUGCUUCUGUCUGUUGCCUGUGACAGAGAGAGAGGAAUGCCUUGGAGAAUUUGUGCCCAACUCCUCCACAUUCAUCAUGAGCAGGACUGCGCCGCCUUCAAUGCUGCGGGCAGUGCUUGUGAACGCGGCUCUGCUUGGGAGAAGGCGUUGCAACUUCUGUUGAAGUCCAACCUUCGAUGCAGUAUCAUUGCUUGUAGCGCUGCCAUUGACGCUUGCAGAGAGCAUUGGCGGAAAGGGCAGCAAAUCUUGGCCUCCAUGCGAAGCGCUGGGAUGCACCCAGUGCAGAUUCUGCUGCUCAUGCUUUGCGCUUGUUGGCGGCCUUUGAGCUUGUACGGCACUUUGAGCAGUGCUGCUUCACGUGCCACGCGGAGCGAUGGCUGGUGAUGAUGAUGACUACCCUGCGUGAUAAUGGACAAAGGCCGGC